GCGAGCUUCCCUUCCUACGCCACCCUCCCAAUCUCCCCUCUACAGCGCCAAUUGGCAAAGACACCAGGCUUUGGGCUGUUCCGUCGGUCGCAAUGCCUGUUUCCUUUGCUCGCCUUGCCGGCCACACGGCGAAACGACUAUGCCUCGCCCCACGACCACACAUCGCUUUCCUUUCUCGACCCAUUGCCCGCUCCAUCUCGACGUCGCUCCCUCGUCAUUAUGCCGCUGUAGACUACGAGCAGCCCGAGGGCACGAGGCUGAUUCCAGUUGACCCAACCUUCGGCCACCCGAUCGACCCGGACUCAGCGUCCAUGAACCUCGCCGACGACGAAGGGGACACAGCGGAGAAGCGAAAGAUCAGGCACUACACAGUCAACUUCGGACCCCAGCAUCCAGCUGCCCAUGGCGUGCUACGGCUUAUCCUCGAGCUCAAUGGCGAAGAGAUUGUGCGAGCUGAUCCGCACGUCGGACUGCUGCACCGCGGAACCGAGAAGCUCAUCGAGUACAGGACAUACCUCCAGGCCCUCCCAUACUUCGAUCGGCUGGAUUAUGUCUCCAUGAUGACGAACGAACAAGUUUUCUCCCUGGCCACGGAAAAGCUGUUGAACAUUGAAAUCCCGGAGCGCGCGAAAUAUAUCAGAACAAUGUUUGCGGAACUCACUCGCAUAGCGAACCACCUCAUGUCGGUUCUGUCUCACGCCAUGGACGUUGGUGCUUUGACACCAUUUUUGUGGGGGUUCGAAGAACGUGAGAAGAUCAUGGAGUUUUAUGAACGUGUUUCUGGCGCACGAAUGCACGCCGCAUACGUCCGUCCCGGCGGAGUCAGCCAAGACAUCCCGAUAGGCCUCCUUGAUGAUAUCUACCAAUGGGCCACUCAGUUCGGCGAUCGUGUUGAUGAGACCGAGGAGAUGUUGACGGACAAUCGUAUCUGGAUCGGGCGUACCAAGGGCAUUGGUGUCGUCUCAGCUGCCGAGGCUAUCAAUUACUCCUUCUCCGGUGUCAUGCUUCGCGGUUCCGGUGUUCCUUGGGACGUGCGAAAGUCCCAGCCCUACGACGCCUACGACAAGGUCGAAUUCGACGUUCCCGUCGGUGUAAACGGGGACUGCUACGACCGCUACCUGUGUCGCAUGGAGGAGUUCCGCCAAUCUCUCCGCAUUAUAUUCCAGUGCUUGAACCAGAUGCCGGCCGGCCCCAUCAAGGUCGAAGACUACAAAAUCGCGCCGCCGCCACGCGCUGCUAUGAAGGAGAACAUGGAAGCGCUUAUCCAUCACUUCCUGCUCUUCAGCAAGGGAUACAGCGUCCCUCCAGGCGAGACAUAUACCGCAAUCGAGGCGCCUAAGGGAGAAAUGGGUGUAUUCUUGGUCAGUGACGGCAGCGAGCGGCCGUAUAGGUGCAAGAUUCGGGCACCUGGGUUCGCACAUUUGAGCUGCAUGGAUCAGAUUUCAAGAGGACAUCUGUUGGCCGAUGCGGUGGCUAUCAUUGGAACUAUGGAUCUUGUGUUCGGUGAGGUAGACCGAUAAAGAGAUGUGGAAGAGUGGGAUGAUGGCCAUGCAUGCAUGCUGGGCGAUCAGGCAAGUCAGAAGGCGUGUCGCUAGUAACAUCGUGACACAACAUAUAUUGUGUAUGGUGAGGCCAAAUGCUUAGCCUGAUGGGGCUGUAUAUAUUCUUUGUAUAUCCAAUCGAAGCGGAGCUUUUCUUUUGUUCAUACCGGCUUUUUGGAUGGCGAAGGUUGGUCUGAUUGCCAUCGGUCCACAUCAAAGCCUUAUGAUUGCAAGCCCGUCACCGUAUCCUGUACUCUGCAACGCAUCUGGUUUGACUGACGCGUGCUAACGAGCUCCUACGCGAUUGGCCCAUGAAAAAAUCAAAACUCAGAAGCCGUACGAUCGAUCCGCAGACCGGAUCUAGCCAAGAAGGGUGCUAGCUGCCCAACACGUCAUCAGUGAGGGGUGAAAGGAGGGGCAGAUCAGUUCAGGUACAGCCAGGUUUGGGCUGCGUAGCUUCUUGG